GCUAACACAGGCUAGUGUCGGUUUAUACGCGAAGCCGGCUGGAAGCUAUAUCACUUUUUAUGUUGAACACACUCUCCUUCAGUUUUUGAUUAGUCAAGAGUCCUCCUUACGGUUUUAGAUUUUUGUGUACUCUUUUGUUUCAACCUUUGUUAAACGCAACAAAGCAUCGAUUGUUUGUCAGCGGGGGCAAGUAAGAGGAAAUUGACACGCGAAUCUUGCUUGAAUCCGGUUCCGGUGGGACACGUCCGCAGUUUGCGAUUUUAAGGAUUCGGUUCGGAUUGUCUAUCACGACAGCCCACAACAGUUUAUAGCGGAGAGCACGUUUUUCGUUGAGUCGCACACCCACUCGCUGCGUCGCAUAAGGAUUUCCAGAACGGAAGCAGUGAUUCAUAACAGUGUCCUGUUUACUUUGAGUUGUUUUCAACGUUCUGUUAUCGUUCGGAAAAAAGCAAUAAGUCGAAACGUAAGUUUGUUAAGUUUGGAACUGAUCGGAAACACCAAACAGUGAUAACCCAGAAAAUACUCAUUCAUAAGAAUAAACCGGUGCAGAAGCAGUCAACGAGUAGCCGAAGUUGUGCAUGUACACAGUGAACGAGUUUUCAAAAACACAUUUUUUAUCAGUUUGAUUGGUAAUUAAUGCAAACGAAGAACGAAAAAACGAAUUGUGAUAAUAGAAUGUCAAUGACCAAUCGGAGAAGGAGUGCAGUUUACGAAUGAUUUCAUCAUCCAGCAAUGUCGAUUCCGGAAGAUACUAUCCCCAGAGACCGGAACAGUGAGCCGAUUCGGUCCCGGAGAUCGACUCUGGCGUAAUACAGAAACGCACGUGAAACUCGGCGGCAGCAGCACCAGCGGCGGCAGUCAACAAAACAUCACUCAGCAGCAACAUAUACGCGCUAAUUUCAAAGUGCCGCUGGCUCCUCGACUGCAAAACCGAACAACGAAUAACAAUUUUUCGCUUAAGCUACCCGUUUUUGAAAGUCCAUUUUUCCGCAAGUUUACUAAUCAAUUACAACGAUUACAAGUUUUAAGAAACCGCCAAAAGUUUAUUCGCAUUACGAGACAACGAUUGCUGUUCAAGUGCUUUUUUUCUAAAUACAACAAUUUUUACAACCUUUAAACGUCACUUUUUAACAAAUUUAAAAUCGUUACAAAACAAAUAUUAUUCUAACAACCAAUCGCUUCGUAAAACUCGCUAUCAACUAAGGAAAACCGCAAAGUUAUUUCUACUUACAACCAUAAGAAUCGAGAAAAAGUGUCUUAUUUACAACUAGAAGAAGUAGUCGAAACCUACAGAUGUAAGAAGAUUUUAUAAAGUCUACAAAGUGAUACUGAAACAGAAAAAAAAAGUGUGUAUCUCCCCCAAAAGCGAACGGAAGUCAACUGAAGCAACACAAAAAAUAUGAAUUAGCAUAGUGAGUAGUUAAAAAAAAGCGAGUGAAAAGUGCCACAAAUGACGAUGAAGAAAAUAUGACACCAAGGUUGGGAAACUUAUGCAGAAAACUAUUUCGGUUUGCACAUUAGUUUGCAAUAAACUGAGUUGAAAUAGUGAUAGUGGUAAUAAAAAUAUUUGGCUGACGAAAAUACAAAGAAGAAAAAAAUAUCAAAACGGAACACGUCCAGAUCUAUUCAACCCGUUCAAAGUGACACCAGCCGUACCGAGGAGCGCAGAUAGAGAAAAAAAAACCCUUCAUCGAAUCCAUCCAAACAUCCAAGCGGAAGAAAUAAAUUCGUCUCUUGUUUUUAUAUGAAUUCCCCUGUUCGUCGCUUCGGCCAGUAACAGCAUCACUGACCUAAUGACUAUGGCGGAUGGUAGCUAUGACCCAAUGGGGCACAUCCAGACGGGUCGUCAGCAUCCUCACUCGCACCAUCCGGCUCAUCAUCACCAUCACCAUGGUAGUACCGGUGGCGGUGGCGGCGGCGGCGGUGGCGGAGGUGGUGGCGGAGGUAGUGGCGGUUGCAGCGGGGCCGGCAGUACAUUCCUACAGCUAGAACACCUGCAACAGCUGCACCAGCGCUAUCAGCAACACCAACAACAGCAGCAGCAGCAGCAGCAUCAACAGAGUCAACAACCUUCGCCCUCUAGCUUGGAGAACAACAACAACCUUCCCUCGGCGGCCAACCACAAUCUGUUCCGAUCGGAACAGAAGAAGCACAAACGGAAGCGACUGUCAGCGGUGCUGGACAAGUUGCACCACAACGGAUCGGCUGUGAACCACAACAAUAACAACGUCGGUGAAGGUAGCAUUAAGAUGAAACGCUCGGAGUCCCGUUCCAGCACGGAAGACUCCGCCGAAGAUGUGUUUCCGUACUCAGCGAGCCCUCGUAUUAGCAUAAGUCCCCUCCGUCUGAACGAAUCGGACGAGAACAACAUGAACCAGGUUCAGAUAAAACAGGAACCGCAACAGUACCUCUACAAACAGCUACAGUACAUGAACCCGCUAGCAUUCUUCAACUACUUUCCGCAGCAAACUAAGCUCCUGUAUCAGGAGAUUGCACGACAGCGGAGUCACUCCGAUUCCGACCUACAACAGUUGCCUCAGAAACUUCCGGAGACUGCACCGGCGGCACCUCCCGAACCUCAGGAACCUCAAGAAUACCCCUUGGAUCUGUCCAUGAAAUCGACACUGUUGCACAGUUCUCCUAGUCUAGACUCUGUGAUCAAACAGGAACCGAAGUUGACCUUCACUCCGCCCCCUCAACCGCUGCCAUCGAUCGUCAAAGGUGACGUCGCGUCCAAUAACACCAAAAAGUCCGCAGCUGCCUGCUACAAUCUCAACGUGUCUCCCGUGGUGGAAGAGAUGCCACCCGGUUCGGACGUUGCCUACAUGUGCCCCGUGUGCGGUCAGCUGUUCUCGCUGCAGGACCGCCUAGCCAAACACAUGGCAUCCCGCCACAAAAGCCGUUCCAGCUCAACAGACAUCACCAAGUCCUACAUCUGCGAAGUCUGUAAACGAUCGUUCGCCCGAUCGGACAUGCUCACCCGCCAUAUGCGUCUGCAUACCGGCGUCAAACCCUACUCCUGCAAGGUCUGUGGUCAGAUCUUCUCCCGCUCGGAUCACCUGUCCACGCAUCAGCGGACCCACACCGGCGAAAAACCGUACAAAUGUCCACAGUGCCCGUACGCUGCCUGCCGGCGAGACAUGAUCACACGUCACAUGCGAACGCACACCCGCUACGACGCGCAACGCAGCGGAAGUUCCAGCGGGUCUCCAGCCGGAAGUCCCGCCUCGAUGGACCAGAAACCGCUACUACUGCCGGUGGUCAGCCUCAGCUCGGGCGCCAGUGCUCGGGUCAUCAAGAAGGAAUCGGCCUUUUCCACCAGCCCAGGAAGCUACGUUAUCGAAACCAAGACUGAAUCCUAGAUGAACUCACUCUCAAACACACUCACACACUAGCGCAGACAAAGAUAUAGAUACAGAGAGAGAGAAAGAGUAGUUUUCAGUGUUAGUAGUUCCCAUCUGCAUUCCUAGUUUCCUAGCAGUUUUACUCUUCCUUCAUUAGUAGUUGUGUUUCGGUUUGCCAAUCUCUUGUUGUGUUAGUAGGUUUAGAGUUUCCUUUCUUUUUUAACUAUCCAAGCAAAAUGUAUUCUAAGAAAUUUGAACUAUUCCCGAAUUCAUUCCCAAAAUCGUAGAAGUUUUUGAACGUAGGAUUAAAUCUCUCCCCUGUUUCCCCAUUGAAAAUACUGAACAUACAACAAAACAGAAAACAAGAAGAAAUCUCAAAGGUUGUGAAUUUAAAAAAAAACUAGAAUAGAAGAUCUUUAGUCGUUAGUUGAACGAGAUCGUGCUUUCGUUAUUCGCGUACUUCAUUUCAUUAGCCCAUCUAACUCCCCUGUCCCCUAGUCCCUAGUGAUUUCAAACGAAGGCGUGUGCCCCCACCUGCACAUGUCCAAGAUUUCAGAAGUGAUGCUUGCCACGACGGUAAUUAGUGAUUUCCAGUCUCGAAAACAUUCCCCUUCCUUGAUAGAUUCCGGUAGAAUACUAGUGACAUCUGUAGGUAGAAAGCAAAUAGCACUCAACUCGAAUAAAACACACACACACACGCUCACACACAGAUACUGAAACAACAAGAAACCAACCCAAAAGUACGCCUUGAACAGUGUGCCUUAUUGUGAGUACGAACAACUACACAAAGAACUAGAGAGAAGAACACUUUUUUACCGUAGAAGAAGAAAAAACCACACACCCUACCCCCUCCUCUAUCCUACCCAUAGAGUUUAUCCUCCUACACCGAUCCAAUUCCGGAGCAUUUCCUUUCUUGCCCCAAGGGGGAUGGAAGUCAGGAGCUCCCAGUUCCCUGCCACCUACGCUUCCGGUUGAUUUCAUUAUUACUACACCACCGCCAUGUGCUAAUACCCGUUGCAGCUACUACUACCACUACUACUAAUGGAUGGUGGACCGGGUCCGAGGAUCAGACCCCGGGUGGCGGUGGUAGUACACACUAGUCAAGUUAGGACCAGAGCAGUAACCGUGCCACAAAGGGGCUAUAUAUUUAUGAUAAUUAUCUCAAGAGAGAGGGAAGGAAGCGAAGGAAGGACCGACCAAGCAAAUGGUCCCGGAGCCAUUGGCCAUAGAGAGCGAGAGAAAGAACGCAAGACAAAAGCAGAAAAACUGCUGCAUGAUCUUAAUUUAAAUUUUCAAUCAUGCAAAUUGAAUAUUAAAGCCGGGGAGGACUUGUUGCCUCGGGUUUUUCCUUUCUAGCACUACUGAAGGAAGUACCAGCUAAACGGAAUGAAUGUAUGUUUUCCGAGCCCCGAAGCUUUAUGUUUCUUUUGUUUUAUUUUCCAUCGUUAUUUCCUUGCCUCGAACCUUCCCCCGAGUUGCCCUUUUGCAGUCGCCGCAGCAGCAACAGCAGCAGUUGCGGUAGAAAAAUUCUUCAUUUCCGACCACGAAACACCCCCGCAGUAUAAUCAGUUUUACGCCGCCGACGACGACGACGUCAUUUGGCAGAUUGUCAGAAUUUGUAAUACCUACAUAUACCGCUACUUGCGCUAAUUUUUAUACAAUCAGCCAACGAAGGAAUGUGUCCUGUGUGUUGGAGGUGGUGGUGGAGGAGCCAUCGCGUGCGAAUGUGGGAGGAAACUAAUCAUUUACGUGGACAUCAGGGUCACACGGGUCACGCAUGCAUAUUUCGUUCGUCACGGUAUGUCACGGAACGUUUUUUUUUUUUCUUGAUACACUAGGGUGUCCCUUAAACGUGUGGCUUGAAAUAAACGGAGCAGUUUCAGGGAUGAGUAGUCGGUUGAUGGCUUAUCGUGGAUUUACGAAACAUUGACAUCGCUGCUCUCGAUUUUCACGAUUUCUUUGACAGAUAUGUAGGUACUACUGCUGCACUCCGUUAACCUAGAAGAAGAAGAAGAAGAAGAAGAUGAAGUACAUGGCAAGUUCAAUCAUACAAUACAAUCAUCGAUGGUAUUAAAUGGAUGAUUAAAAAUUGAAAUUCUGCAGCAUGAUCAUUUCUAUGAAUACACAAUUACUACAAAUAUGCAAUGCUUAACAUCCGCAUUUGACCACUUUGUCAAGCAGUUUGUUCAAGAAACGCGCAAAUGAUGGCUACUUUUCUAGAAGAAAAAAUCUUAAAAUAAUGUUUUAUUUCAAAGUUUGAGUGGUAGUAAACUUCAUUUUAACUGCUCGAAUGAAAUGGUUUAUUAAUUAUAUAUUCGAGCAGUUUUGAUAUGGUCUACUACCAGCAAUAAAUUCCAGAUUUUUCAAACUGAGCAUAAAUGAGACCCAAAAAUAUCAAAAAUUUGUUCCACGACAAAGUUUGAUUGGUGGGAAACGUCAUUUUAAACUGCUCGAAUUAUGUGAUCCAUCAACAACUUCAUUUACUUCCGCUCGAAGUUCCAAUAAAACAUCAUUUUAAGAUUAA